CAUUCCAGCUUUUGUUAUUCCACUUCUAAACACUACAAUUAACUUGGUUAACCUGCCUUUACCUUAAAGAGAAGGAGAGUAUUCACUGCAGGACGCUUCCAGGCAACUUUAUCCUCCUGGGAACCCAGGGAGAGAGGGCUUUCCCUCAAGGUCUGAAAUUAGCUCUGAGGUCUCUGGCCCGCCCUGAGCCGAAUAUCCAGAAUCUUCCCAGUUCUAGCAGGAGACUGAUGUUGUCUUCAUUUUGGAAUUGAAACACCAAGACUCACAGUAACAGGUUUCAGAUUAAUGGGAGACUGAGCAAAGAAAUCCAGAGGAAUUACUUCAGAAAUGUGUCAAAGAACAUUGGAAAUGCAACACAGCGGUGAAUGAGGAGGGAAAGAAGACAGAAAAAGAACAAGAAUGGUCAACCGGAAGGACACGAAACCCAGUCAGAACUGCAUGUACCCAAAGGAUGAUUAUGGAUUCUGGAGAAAAUGUAAGUUAGAUAUAUCUCCACUUUGAUCAGAUCUCAAGAGAUAUUUUGCUCAUUUCCUGGUUUUGAAUAAUGGGCUCUUGGAAGCACUGUCUUUUUAGUGUGUCUGUUAUCACUGCCCUGAUUUUUGUAUUUGUUUACAAUAACAAGUUAUGGGAGAAGAAACGUUUUCUGAGGGCAUCUCUUUCCAAUGCUUCACUGUUAACAGAAUACUGUCAUCAGAUUUUUAAGGGGAAGGUUUUUUACUCAACAGAGAAUGCAUUGAAAACUACCAUCAGUGACUCUACCUGUUAUGAAUACAUGGCUCAAAAUCACUAUAUAACAGAAACACUCUCUGAAGAGGAGGCUGGGUUCCCUUUGGCUUACACAAUGACCAUCCACAAAGACUUUGGCACUUUUGAGAGACUCUUCAGGGCAAUCUACAUGCCCCAGAAUGUCUACUGCGUGCAUGUGGAUGAAAAAGCGACAGUCGAAUUUAAAGAGGCAGUGGAGCAAUUACUGAGCUGCUUCCCAAAUGCUUUUCUGGCUUCCAAGAUGGAGCCAGUUGUCUAUGGUGGGAUUUCCAGGCUCCAGGCUGACCUGAACUGCAUCAAAGAUCUUGUGGCCUCGGAGAUCCCAUGGAAGUAUGCCAUCAACACCUGUGGGCAAGAUUUCCCCCUGAAAACCAACAGGGAAAUAAUUCAGUAUCUGAAAGGAUUUAAAGGGAAAAACAUUACCCCAGGCGUGCUGCCCCCAGCUCAUGCAAUAGGACGGACCAAAUACGUCCACCAAGAAGUAGUACACACACAAAAUUCACGCAUGCUUAAAACAACAAAAUUGAAAACUUUGCCUCCUCACAACAUGACCAUUUACUUUGGCACUGCCUACGUCGCCCUCACAAGGGAAUUCACUAACUUUGUCCUCCAAGACCAGCAUGCACUUGACUUACUAUCCUGGUCCAAGGACACCUACAGUCCUGAUGAACAUUUCUGGGUGACACUCAAUAGGAUUCCUGGUGUCCCUGGCGCCAUGCCAAAUGCAUCAUGGACUGGGAACCUCAGAGCUAUAAAGUGGAUUGACAUGGAAGAUAAACACGGAGGCUGCCAUGGCCACUAUGUACACGGCAUUUGCAUCUAUGGAAAUGGAGAUUUAAAGUGGUUGAUUAAUUCGCCAAGCCUUUUUGCUAACAAGUUUGAGCUUACUACGUACCCCCUUACUGUGGAAUGCCUAGAACUGAGACUCCGAGAAAGAACCCUAAAUCAGAGUGAAACUGCAAUACAGCCCAGUUGGUAUUUUUGAUCGACUGCAACUCAUGACUGAAGGAACAUAGGUAGCAGUUGGGAAGAAGAGCCUUUCUUUGUGAGAGAACUUUGCCUUGGGUCCCAGCUUCAGGACUGAAGUGACGGCUUCAGGAACUGGCUACACUAUUGUAUGUUGAAAGAUCCACCGGACACUGUGAAGUAUGUUACCAGGAUGGCUUCACAGAGCAAUCCUAGUACUUGGGCCACUCUGGCCAUUUCCUGACGUCACCUCUAUGUCAGUUUCUUGUUCUGAUCAAUAGUCAGUGUAACUGUCGCCAGAUCUUUGUGCUCGAUUCUCAUCAUGUAUAAAUGUUCAAAUGAAAAGGAGAAUUGUAGAUAAUGUGAUUUAGGGAAUAAGAACUGGGUUUCUUUGAAGAGGGAAUCUCCUAUAACAGAUCUAUAGCCGUAUAUUCAUGGACACCACUUUUCUUGGCUUAACCGCACAGAUAUGCAAGCAGCUUUCUGGUAACUCAUCCGUCUCCUUUAAAACUUGAGCUACUAGAAUUGAGAACUAGAUCUUGUUCCUGAGUUUCGACACUUAACAUUUUCAGUUACUCGUCUAAAGUUCAGUGUAGAAUAUACAGGAUGUGCUUUAUGACAGCAGUCACUGCCUGCUGCUUCAGGAAAAGGACCCUGGGGAAACAGAGCGUUUUUUAUUAUGUCGGAUGUGCUCUGAUCCCUCUAUCAGUUUUCAUUGAGAACGCUGAAAAGUUCUCUCAGAAGGAAGGUAUUCCUAGAAGUGAGGUGGUAUUAUUGCAUGGAUCUAGUCUCAAGUUUCUAACACCUCAGAAUGAAUCACUUUCCUCUCCUGUCACCACCCUUCAGCCCAACCAAAGUUACCUUACUUGCAAAAUGGAGACCGAAUUCUAUCCCGUGAGGCAAGGCUUUUCACAGCUCCAUAAUGUUCUCUGAGUGGCUUGAUAAUGCCUGGUGCUGAUAAGAAUGCCUAGAUUUUUAAGAGCUUUCAGUUGUGGCUAAGCAUCUCUGUCAUUAUCCCUUGUCCAUCACUCAUCCAGUUCAUUCCGGAUGCAGUCAAUAAAUAUUUCUUGAGUGUCUGUUAUACACCAGACAUGUGCUGAGACUAGCAGGAAAAGGAAGACAAGCUUUUUUACUCUAAAAAUCUUGGUAAUAAUGUUAACAUUGGAAAGGCUGCUCUAGAGAACCUUAGAGAUUGGUUCUAUUUUAACACAUUCAUAUGUAGGAUGUGUAGAUUGUGAUGUUGGGCCAGAGAUCUCAGUAAUUACAAAUUGAGGUUAAAAUCAAAUUAUCCUAGAGAGAGAAGGGAAGGAGGAGACAGAAGCUAAAGCCUGGUGUGUUCUCAGCAUUCUGCUAGCUCACUACAUUCAAACUUCACAACACUCUUAUGAUCCUCAUUAUUAUCCCUGUUUUGCAAAUGAAGUAAGUGAGGCUAGAGAAGUUGUUACCAAGCAUUAGGAAACAAGUUCUCUGUCUGACAAUUGAAACUCUCCUACUGGUCUUAGUUCAUUUCCUGCGGUGGAAUAUUAGAGAAGGCAAAAUAAAGUCAUAUUUAGCAUACCCAAGAAAUUGGGAAUUAAGAAUGGUCUCAGUGUUACUAUUGAGGAAAAAGUCCUGGUCACCUCAGAAAAAUGUGAAGUCUACUUUUGUUUUCCUCUAAUCCAUUGAGUUCCUUAAUAUUUAUUUAUUCAAAUGAAAAACAGUUACUAUGACUAAUGAUGCAUUUAAUCAACACAUUUCUUUUCUUUUUUUCUGUAAUUGUGCUCAUUGAAUGUUAAUCAUAUUUAAAGGGAAUGACUUUAAAAUAAAACCUUUUUUUUUUUUUCCUGCUACUGAAAAAGAUGGAACUGUGUUGGGUGGUAAAGGGCCCAAGGGUAGGGGACACACCAAGAGCUAAUGGCAGAGUCUAAAAAUCAUCAUUUUUCAACGUAUUUAAAUGACACCACCUGUGAAGAAGAAAUGUUUUACACUGAAUCUUUCGCAUGUAGAAUGAAAAAUGUUUUGGAAUAGAAGAUGUUUACAUGUCCGUUGCUGGUCAUCCCUCCUAUGUCUUAAAAUACUUUAGUAUUGAAAGAGUGUACUGUUUGGGCUAGUAGGUUUUAGCUAGCCCUUGGAGAUGCCCUGAAACUACUGAAUCUGUCUUUGUUUUUGAUGAUGUUCCAUAUUGUUUUCUUGGAAAUAAAUUAAUAUAUUGUUUUCCACCUUU